GACACAUAUUAUUAUAAUGAAUGCAUUUUGCAUCAAUGUGUUCAAAAGACAAUCGAUAUCACAUGUAUUGUGAGUGAUAUCGAAUGUUAUCAAUCGUGCAAUGCAUAAUACGUGAGCAGAUGAAUGUCUCCUCUGUGCAUAUAUACAGUGUUUUAAGUGAUUGUCUUCUGUCUAGUCACAGCUGUUGAUGACAAAAUUACAAUAAAUUUCGUGUUUUGAAUCGCAACUAUUUUAUACAAAAAUAUCUUCGUCACAAUGCUGUCGCGAAGUAUAUGCCGAAACUUAGCGCAAAGAUAUAAGUUUUUGCAACGAGAAUAUGUUGGAAACAUCUUCGGAUCGCAGAACAAAGUGGAAAAGUAUGAUGUAGUCGUUGUUGGUGGUGGUAUAGUUGGUGCAGCUUCGGCACGUGAAAUUCUUUUGCGGCAUCCAACAUGGAAAGUGGCAGUGGUCGAAAAAGAAGAACGACUAGCAUUUCAUCAAACCGGCCAUAAUAGUGGUGUAGUUCACGCUGGAAUCUAUUAUGUACCCGGCUCGUUGAAGGCCAAACUAUGCGUGGAAGGCAUGCAAUUAUGCUACAAAUAUUUCGAUGAGAAAAACAUUCCAUACAAAAAAGUUGGCAAAUUAAUCGUUGCCACAGAAGAGGUCGAAAUUCCGAGAUUAUUGGAUUUGCAUAAACGGGCCAUUGCAAAUGGUGUGCCAGAUUUGCAGUUAAUUGAUGGCGAUAAAAUUCAAGAGAUUGAACCAUAUUGUGAGGGAUUGAAAGCAUUAUGGUCACCGCACACUGGAAUCGUGGAUUAUGCGGUGGUGACGGAGCAUUAUGCCUCAGACAUUCGUUACAUGGGUGGUCGUAUUUUGUUGGAUUAUGAAGUGAACAAAUUUUCCGAAACUGAAGGCGAUUCUGAAUAUCCGGUGACGAUUCAAGCAAAAGAUUCGAAUACAACGCUACACACCAAAUACGUGCUCACUUGUGCUGGUUUGCAAAGUGAUAAAAUGGCAGAGAAAACGGGUUGCCCACGUUCACCUCGAAUUGUACCAAUCAGAGGCGAAUAUUUAUUGCUGUGCAAAGAAAAACGUCAUAUGGUUAAAGGAAAUAUCUAUCCGGUCCCUGAUCCCAGCCUCCCAUUUUUGGGAGUUCAUUUCACACCACGAAUGGAUGGUAGCGUUUGGAUUGGCCCGAAUGCCGUACUUGCAUUCCAACGAGAAGGAUACAAAUGGUAUCAAAUCAAUCCACUCGAAUUAAUCGAUGCUUUGAGAUAUCCCGGUUUCUUACGUUUGGCAGCUAAACAUUUCCGAUAUGGUGUGUCUGAAUUUUAUAAAUCCACAUUGAUCAUGCUUCAGACACCGCAUGUACAGAAAUUCAUACCAGAUAUAAAUGAUUUUGAUUUGGGCAUUGGACCGACGGGCGUGCGUGCACAAGCCCUGGAGAUUGAUGGAAAAUUGGUGGAUGAUUUUGUUUUUCAUUUCGGCGAAGGAAAAGGUGCGGUUGCCAAACGUGUCUUGCAUUGCCGAAACGCACCAUCACCAGGCGCGACAAGUUCCCUUGCAAUCGCCAAAAUGAUUGCCGAUAAAAUUGAUGUUGAAUUCAAGUUAUAAAAUUCUAUUUUGUUUUCUUUUGUUGUUGAUGUUUAUAUGAAAUAUAAAUAAAAAAUUACAACGAUUUUUGUAAAAUCGA